AUUCUUAGACCAGUUAGUGGUCCGAGCAGACAAAACUCCUUCAAUUUAAAAUUUUAUAAUCUAUUCUUCAGUUGUUUAGAGGUUGGUGUUUAAGCUUACGUAAGCUAUGUACUUCUCUUUGCUUAAAAACAUUUAAAAUAUUCAAAAUCCUGAGAACAUAACUUUUCAAAGAUAAUUUAGAAUUUUGUUUAGUCUUUGAAAACCUAAUUUUGCAGUUUUUUCUAUGGAAGCCAUUUUGAUGUUUAACGUGAAGGUUAAGGUGUAGGCUAAAAUUGUUGAUGGUUCUCUUAAAUUAUACGUAAGACAACAAAUUUCUUAGGGAUUUUUCUUACAAAUUAGCUAGCAUUUUAGGCUGGCAGACUUAGGUGUAAACAUUGAUCUAUUUGCGUGUUCUCAAAAUAUUUUCAGCAGCGACAGCAAUGGAGCCCCGAAGACGGUUAUCAGUUCGUCGUUCUUCCGUACCUGCCGAAGAUAGAAUGGUUACUCGCUAUAUCCCUCAAAUUCUGGCCCUAGGAGUUGCUCUUGUUAUUGUGAAGCUCUAUGGACCGUCUUUCAAUCGCGAAGCAACUACCAUAGAGGAUAUCAAGGAAUAUUACGAUUAUAUCAUCGUUGGUGGUGGAACAUCCGGAGCGGUUCUUGCAAGUAGGAUAACUGAAGAUGAAGACAAAAAGGUUCUUUUAAUCGAAGCAGGAGAGGAUCAAGCACAAAAUCCGGAUGUAAACAUUCCAAUAAUGGGAGAAAAAGUAAGGGGUUCAGAAUUGGACUGGAAUUAUGAAACUAUACCUCAGAAAUAUGCUUGCAAAUCACACAUCAAUAGAGUUGCAUUGUGGCAUUGCGGCAAAGGAUUAGGAGGAACUUCGAACAUAAACUAUAUGCAGUAUCACAGGGGCUCGAGACAUGAUUAUGAUUUAUGGGCUGCUCAAGGAGCUACUGGUUGGUCUUUCAAAGACGUUCUGCCCUAUUUUAUUAAAUCGGAAGAUAAUCGUAAUGGCGAUUACGUCAGAACGGUUUUCCACGGCUUUGGUGGGCGGUUAACAGUGCAAGAUACAAUUCUUUCACCAGUGACACAAAUUAUGACCCUAGCUUUUAAAGAAUUAGGGAUUGAAAAAAAAGAUAUUAAUGGAAAGAGUCAUUUUGGUUAUGCACAUAGCCAGGCAACAAUUCGGAAUGGAAUUCGUUGGUCGACUGACAAAGCAUUUUUAAAGAGAGCAAUGUUUAAAGAUAAUUUAGAUGUCAUAACUGGAGCAUUUGUCACUAAAAUUUUAAUCGAAAAUAAAAAAGCAACUGGAGUUUCGUUUCGGCACAACGGAAAACAGAGGAAAGUACGUGCCAAGAAAGAAGUCAUUGUCAGUGCUGGGACGAUUGGAUCUGCGAAACUUCUCCUUCUAUCGGGAAUCGGACCCAGAAAACACCUAGAAGCCCUUAAAAUACCUGUCAUUGCGGAUCUUCCUGUUGGCGAAAAUUUGCAAGAUCAAGUUCAAACAGAUGCUAUAGAAUUCUUUACUAGACAUCAUGUUUCAAUUACAGCCGCACGAUCAGAAAAUUUCUUGUCUUCGUGGGCUUACACUCUUUUCGGUACAGGAAUGAAAAUGAGUCCAAGAUUUCGAGAAGGAACUGCUUUUAUUAAGGUUAGGCAACAACCUCCUCAUAUUCGUUAUCCAUUAAUAGCUUUGCAAGUAAUAGCGAAUGUUGCAACUUAUAGUUCUGAACAACUUAAUAUAGAUUCAGACACUUGGGGUGCUAUGCAUGAUGAUCUUCCCAGUAAAGAAGGAUUCAGUAUUUAUCCAAUUCUUUUACAUCCAAGGAGUAGAGGAACAGUUAAGCUAAGGAGUACUAAUCCCGAAGAUCCUCCUCUGAUUAAUCCUAAUUACUUAGCUGAUGAUGCAGAUGUAAAAAUCCUAGUAGAAGCGAUACAAUUUGUCCGUUCAAAAUUGGCAGAUACUAAAGUAUUAAAAGAUUGGGACUUUCAGUUAAGCGACAAAAUUCUUCCUGAUUGCUCGGAACAUGGCAAUUUCACCAACCAGUAUUGGGAAUGCUUCGUGAGGCAUAUAACAUUAUCAGGUGCUUCUCCAGUGGGAACUUGUAAAGUAGGCGCAAUUGGGGAUCCCACAGCUGUUGUCGAUCCUCUCUUGAGAGUCAGAGGUAUAAAGGGGCUCAGAGUAAUUGAUGCUUCGAUAAUACCAAAGUCAGUCAGUGGCAAUACGUAUGCCACACAAGUUAUGCUUGCUGAGAGGGCUUCCGAUUUGAUCAGAGAAAAAGACACCGUGAAAAAAAUUAAGGAUUAUUUUAAACAUCUUAUUUCUGUCAAACAUGAGAAAUUUAAGGAUGAAGACAGUGAAAACAUUGAUAGUAAAGCUGCAAAAGAAAAAAAGAAGGGAGAGAAAUCAAAAAACAAAUGA